GAAUGGAUCAUUGCUUCUCAUCUUGACAGAACGCAAUCGGAGUCCGAUGGUGGUGAAAUUGGUGGCAGUGCUAGCUCGCGGCACGCGCGCUUAUUUUGGAACAGCGUUUCAAUUAAAUCGAACUUAAUUUUCAAAUAAUUUAUUAGUAGCAAAGGCAGUGAAGGUUUUGAGGAAGAUACGGUAGCGGUUCGGAACUAAAACAAGUGGUCUGGAGUGAUCAAAUCAAUGUUCGUAUUGCGUGACGUAAGAUUACUCACUGGUUUGCCAAAAUUCAACAAUUUCGAGUUGACGGAUAACACUCAAUGAAACGUUCGAGUUGUAUCGAUAUAUGAUUUAAACUACAAAACAACCCAAAUCUCCGUAAACUUGUCACAGCUAAAAUGGUCAGCACUAGCGCACGACUGUUGUGCUUUUUCAUCGCGGCGGCCAUUCACUUCGACGGGGCUCAGUCAGCGAAAAUUCUUUGCUUCUUCCCAACGGCCAGUAGAUCGCAUGUUCUGGGUACCCAAGCCCUGAUGAAGAAUCUGGCCAGUCGAGGACAUGAAGUCACAAUGGUCAGUGCAUUCCCGCUGUCGAAACCGGUCAAAAACUACCACGAUAUCUACGUGCCGAUCGAGGAUGCCUUCGGGGAGGUGAUGGCCAGCUUCAUGCAGGGAGGCAGUCGGAACAUGAUCAAGUUUAUGCCAACAAUUUUGCGGGCCUCGCUUGAUUACAACAAUUUUACGUUGAAUUCACCGCAGUUUCGGCGGCUGGUAGAGGAGAAGCAGCAUUUCGAUGUGGCCGUGGUUGGCUGGUUUAUGAACGACUUCGUCCUGGGAAUCGGAUCGCUUUUCAACUGCCCCACGAUUCUGUAUUUCUCUGCUGGACCUGGGGGUCUGAACAAUCUGGUCGGGAAUCCGACGGAAGUCGCAUCUGUGCCACACUUGUUCUUGGGCAAUAAAAAUCCCAUGAAGUUCUUGGAUCGAGUAAAGAAUACUUUGAUCACCACUGUUGACUCGGUGCUGGUGGAGUAUUUCAAGUACCGGAUGAAGGUGUAUUAUGACCACAACUUCCCGGCCGAAAAACAAUUUCCCUCGUACAACGAGGCGAGGCUUAAUGUAUCGCUCGUGAUGCUCAACUCGUAUUUCACCCAAACCAUCCCACGGCCUUAUGUACCGAACAUGGUGGAAGUCGGUGGACUGCAAAUAAAAGCCAAGCCCGAUCCGCUUCCGUCCGACCUGCAGGAGUGGUUGGAUGGUGCCGAACAUGGAGCCAUAUUCCUCAGCUUUGGAUCGAACCUGAAGAGUUCCAAUUUGAGACAGGACAAAUUCGAUGCAAUCAUUGGAAGCAUUUCCAAGCUGAAGCAACGGAUCAUCUGGAAGUGGGACACCGAUGUGAUGCCGGGGAAGCCAGCGAACGUUUUCAUCGGUAAGUGGCUGCCACAGGACGCCAUCCUGGCCCACCCGAAUCUAAAGCUGUUCGUCACCCAUGGAGGGCUUGGAAGCAUCACCGAAUCGAUGUACCACGGAGUUCCCGUCGUUGGUAUUCCCAUGUUUGCCGAUCAGGAUACAAACGUAGCUCAGGUGGUACGGGAUGGCUGGGGUGUUGCGGUUCCAUUUGAUGAGUUGACGGAACCACUUCUGACCAGUGCUAUUCGGGAAGUAUUGGAGAACGCCCAAUACGCCGAGAGAAUAGAACGUUUCGCCACGCUGUACAAGGAUCGACCCCAGACGGCGAUGGAUUUGGCCACGUUUUGGGUGGAGUACGUGGUUCGGCACAAAGGGGCACCCCAUCUGCACUAUCAAGGGGCGGAUUUGAAUUUCCUGCAGCGAAACCUCAUCGAUGUGUUUGCGUUCCUUGGAGUGAUGGUGUGUUUAGUGUUCAAAACCAGCGCGUUUUUGUUAAGACACUUGAAGAGGAAGAUUUGUGACGGAAGACGAGGCAAUGCAGCUGACAAACAGAAGACAAGUUAAAUUUGAAAAAUAACGAGUGAGACGAAAGAUAGUAAAUCAUCAAUAUUAUAACGUAAGUGUUGGCAAAUCCAGUUUCAAAUCUAGAAAUCUAAUUUCUUCAUGACAUUCUUAGCUUAGUUAUAAUGAUUUGCAAUUGCUGCAAUUUUAGCUGAAUCAUUCCAUUAUACUGAAUUAAGGUCUAAUAAAGAGGAAACUUUAGUAA